AUUGUGUACACUGUACAUGAAUAUCGUGUUUGCUAUUAAACUGAACUCCUCCGUGGUUAGACUUGAGGACUUGAUGUUACUGCGCCAGAGCAGGUCGACUAUUAAGAGAUAAUUCGGAUUUUGAAAUAAGAAAACUGGCACGUUUUAAUUUGGUAAAAGAAGUAUUUACAAAAUGAAACGCUAGUUGGUGCAUGACUCCUGUAUUCUUGUGAGAUCUGGAAUAAUAUUCUUCUCGCAGCGGGGUACGUUAUUCACAUGUCUAACCGAAGAUGGAUUGCUUUCACGUAGCACUUAUCAUUUCUGUACUGACCAGCGUUCCCUCUUCCUAUGGAUUACAAGUUAUAACCACAUCUUACGGGGAUAGGGCAACCCUCCCAUGCCAACUCGAAGAUUUAGCCUCUGAAAACAUCCUCUCACUCUACUGGAGAAAAAACGGAGCUACAGUCUACUCCAACACAACAAAUGGAAAAGUAGGACAUGAUAGGUAUUUAGUCAUCGAUGCAUCAUCUCUUGUUAUCCCUGAUGUUACGAAGAGCGACGCUGGAAAUUAUUCUUGUAAAAUUGUUAGUCAAACAUUUAACACUGUAGAAAGCGACAUCACACAGUUAUACGUGACAGAUGUUGAUGUGAGCCACUGUCAGGACACUGAAGAUGGUGAGUGUAGCUGUUUCAUCAAUGGUUCAAACAUUCCAUCCUUGGAAUGCUCUGCAUCCGGGUUUCCAAAGCCUCCAGUGAUCACGUGGGACGUGGGUCAGGUGACCUAUCGAUCAUUCUCUCUCGAUCUGACAAAGUUUGCUGAAAACGUCACCCUUGUCUGCAAGGCGAAGGAUAGGAGUGUAGAUAGCAUGAAUAAUAAAACAGUAUGCGUCUACUACAUGCCUGAAUCAUCAUCUACCAUGUCAACUGAGAUAUCUCCUGUAGUCACAUCUUCUACAAGUUCAGCUCGUGUGUUCCUUGCUCUGAUGAUAUUAUUAUCCAUUAUUUUGUUUAUUGUUUUAUGUGUUGCCUUACUAUACAUGAAUCAUAAACGCAAAAAAAAAGGUUCGCUGCACUUUCAUUUGCCCAUUCGUUUGAUGUCAAGGUCUACAUCAACGCCGAAAUCCGAACAAGCGAGUAAACGUCCUCCAGAGCCAAUGAUUAGUUAUGAUGCAGGAGACGUCAAGGUCUGUAAGGACAGCUGGAAACAUUCGAAAGGAAGCAAUGUAGGAGUUGAGAUUUCAAAUGACAGCAGACCGAUUUCAGCCAUCGAGGCUAGUUCUGACGUUGUCGACUUUUAUCCAAAGGACGGCAAUAAAGACAUAGUUUUGAUGGAUGAAGCUGCGCCAAGGCCCGCGCUACCACUGGUAGGACAGGUUUUCCUUGAUGAUCUACGCUCUGCAACCGAAGAAAGUGAAGAUGCUAUGAAAAAGGUCAUCGUCGCGGUGUUAUCGAAACGGAAGGAACCUUAUGAGAAUGACCAGUCACAUAUUGAACCCAGUAUAACUGUUCAGUCAUCAUUCAUGCCCACGCCUUUGCAAGAUCCUGAUUUGGCAUUCGUUCAUAUGAUUCUUGAUGAUCUGGAUCAAAUCCUCGAUGCCCGAGACAGAGACGAGUGCGAAAUCCUUAUUACCAAACCAGGCUUGAGAGAUAUCACAGAUGAAUCCCAGAUACCAACCUAUCAAGGAAAUAGAGUCAUUCAACAGAGUCGUCUAGGCAACGCGUAUCAAUCUCACACGCAAGCUAGCAUGACGUCAUCUCUGACUAGUAGCAUGGUGGCCUAUACUAGUACUCCACUAGCUUCCGUCUUAGAAAACGAACUGAGAAAGAAGCCAACUGAGAGAACAGCCAUGCGCAACUCUAUCUCUCAAAUCAUCUUAGAUGGUAUGAUGGCAGGAUACUCGAAGAGAGGAAUGCAGGAAAGUUUGAUAAGUCGCAGCACCGGGGGUCUGCCUGAUACUAGUAUGUCAUUGUGCGUAGAUAUUGGAGAGCAAGAUGACGAAGUUUCCAGACUUGUUACCUUCUGGAUGAAUAAGACUGCCAAGUUAGACACUAAGGUUAAGAAAAACAUUAAGAGAUACCUGUUUCCGUUGAAGCCAAGAAAUGGAAAUAUCAAUCAGAGUUUGGGAGCAGAUUCGGGAAUACACUCAUCCAAGGAGGGAGAUGACAUACCACCAACAGCAAUGCUUCUUGAUAGCAAUGGUUAGCAAGCUCAAGAUUAUUGUGGAAUCUUAAACUAGGGAUACAUCAAAAUCGAAUUCUUCGGAUUAAAUUCGGACCGAUUCUGCCCGAAUAUGGCCUGAUUCGGAUGGUUUCGGUUGCUUCGAAUGUUCACGAAUUUCCUCGCGUUCGCGGGGGAGAACAGAAUACUCCUGAAAACCACCCGCACCACCCGAAAUCGUGUAUUCGGAUGAUUAAAAUCGAUUAAUUCUGAAUUAUGACAAACAUGGACAACCAAGUAAAGAGAAAAACAAAAUGCUACAAUCAACAUGGUUAAGAACAAAAUGGCCAUCUCUGUGUACAUGUAUGAAUAUAUGCAUGUGCAGCCAUCAGUGCUUUUACACAUUUUAUGGGGGAAGAGUGCAACAGUAAUUUUGAUUAAUCAAAGCGCACAUAAUAGUAGUUUCUUUUUAUUAAACACGUGAACACGUUGGUAUCAAUAAUGCAUAAAGCAUUUUCAUUUAUUUGAUGAGAGAUAACACAGCGAUGUAGAUAGAAAUACCUUGGUCAAAGGACGUGCCGGGAAUCGAACCCUUGACUUUCCUGGUGCAGUUGGGUACCCUAGACCACUAGGCCACGGCACCUUAUUUUAUAUAAAUUAUUUAUAUGAUUCGAUGUAAAUAGAAAUCUACAUUUCGAAGUUUUGCAUCAUUUCGGUGAAACAGUUCCAUGAAUGUCCAGAUGAAUAUGCCAUGAGCUAAUACCUACUAAUUUUAUUAUAUGAAAUAAUAAUUUUUCAUAUUUUGUCCACAGUAAGAAAUUGAAUGAUAACUGAUUUAAUGUGUGAGAUAGUUAUUGCUGCAACUUUUUUUUCACAAUGGAUAUAUAUUUUAGAAACACUUAUCAAAAUAUGAAGUAAAAAAAUAUUGAUUUAAUGUAAUAACGUUAAAAAAGGAACGUGGGGACAUGAAAUUGUCACAUCUACUGUAUAUUUAUGAUAUCACAGAAUAUUGAUUAGAUCUAAAAUAAUUGGGAAUAACUUCAAUGUUUGUUUCAUCUUUAAACCUAGUAUUCAUGAGGUUUUGCAAGGACGCGAAUGCGCUCAAAACAGCAUCGUCCAACAUUCGCAGCAUUGCUGCAUUGCAAAACAUGACAGAUUGCACGAUUGAAGUUCGGAUUGAUAUCCCCCUUCCCCCGAAACGUUACCCCCUCCCUCGAACAAUGAAUUAGGUUUGCUGCUUGAAUUCGUAUUAUUAAACCAUGUUUUAAAAUCUACAAGUUUUUUACGGUUUGUUAUCUAUUUUUUUUCGUCUUCCUAUGUUCUGAGCUGAUUACUUUUAUUUCCGUAAUUAAUGUUUAUAGUAAGGUUGUUUAUAUUCUGCUUUAAACAUUCAUACUUGGUUCUGUCAACCUUAUACAUGUAUAUGUCUAUGCUAAUGUUUUUAUAUGUUGGACCCCCGAGGAAAACCGACAUGACCGUGCCAGCCAAGCUGAAUGUGGGCAAUCUACCGUCUUUAUAAUUUAAUACUGAAAGACUAAUACUGCUACUGCUAGAACUUCUACUUUACUAUUACUACUACUACUACUACUACAACUACUACUACUACUGCUGCUACUACUUCUACUACUACUACUACUACUACUACUACUACUACUACUACUACUACUACAUAUUAC